AUGUCAAUUUUCUCUCACCUCAGAAAAAGCCGACAGCAGGCCAAGGAGCAUAAUGCCAAAGUUGCAGAGCAGAAAAAGAAGGAAUCAGAGAAGGUGCCGUAUAAGCAUGUUCCAACUCACGCGGCAACCGACGCCUUUGCCAGCGCACCACCGAGCUGGAGAGAGGCAGAUCGUCCCCGGAUCGUUGAGCAAAACCGAAGACGAAGUGCUAUGGCUGCCAGCGGCCACCACAUGAAUAUGCCCGGUGUUCCUAGAGUUGGAAGCAGCCUCUCCCGCGUCUCUUAUCCUGGAGAAGAAGUCACUCCCAUGGUUCGCAUGCCCAGAGCCUACAGUUACAGUGGGUUAUCGCCGUAUCCAGGAUCUAUCCGUGAUAGUCGAGAGGUUGUGUACGCAUCUCCGGAUAUGACAUAUUUGCAUCCAGGAUCACUCAAAGGAAAGGAAGUCCCUCGGUCCUAUGACUCCCAACGCAUUAGUCCAGCUUCAAGUAAAGGUGAUCCUUCUCCAGUGGAAAGCUCCAGUGACUCAACAAGUUCUCAAGAUGACCUGGAAAUGAAACCAUCCAAAAGCACUACAUCUCGGACUCGGGAAGGCAACGCGACACACCGGCUGCAUCCAAGCCGCGCUCGACGGACCUCAGAUGCGUCAGUUAAUCAAUAUACACUAUCUAGUACCCCGAGAGGCAACAACUCCAACUACACGCGGGACUCUCGCCCUCCCCCGUCUAUGCGAGGUUUUGCUUCCAUUCCAGCCGUAGCGGCCAUGACACCCAUGAAUAUUGGAGUGUUACCCGGAACUAUCGCUGCCCACGGCCAUAUCGGCCAGGUCGGAAACAAUAGCGCGUCGCCGUCUACCUCACUCACGCCUACUUCACGGCAAAGCUCCUCCACCUCUCUACCCAGUCUUGCCAAUAUGCCGGUAAAGCAGGCAGUCUCAGCUCCAGUGACACCUGCAGCAUCUACCGCAUACAAGUCCGAAUAUCCUCUUAACUGGCUAUCCAUACCCGGACCCGAAUCAGACUCGACAGUGCCAACCGUUGGAAACUCAAACCCUGACCCGUCAGUUGGUGCUGGUGAAGUGAUGGCUUAUCAUGAGCCACCUCAAGCCAGCUACAGCAACCGUCAGGGUCGCCCGACAAGUCGAUCUCAGCAUGUGGAACAGAUAGAGCAGCACACGUGGGAGGCGCAGACGUUUAUCCCGGACCAUCAGCGCAUGGAUCGAAGCCGCAUGCCACCCCCCGUAGCGCACGAAGACCUGGUAAAUGUAUUUCCCGAGCAGGCAGGACCUGAAGCGGAGCCGAAAAAGAGCGGCAAAGGCAAGAAAUUGUCCAAGUCUGGUGGUGGGAAACUGCUGAAGAAGAGUCGAUGGUCCAGCUCGAAAGCACCAGCUGUUGCUGUCUAG